CCAGGAUUUGAAACUGACCUUGAGAGCCCUGCUCCCUUCAGCACCAUGCCUUACAGCUGCUGCCUGCCCAGCCUGAGCUGCCGCUCCAGCUACUCCUCCCGACCCUGCCUGCCCUCCAGCUGCCACGGCGCCACCCUGCCCGGGGCCUGCAACAUCCCCGCCAUUGUGGGCAACUACAGCGGGUACUGCGAGGGCUCCUUCAACGGCAACGAGAAGGAGACCAUGCAGUUCCUGAACGACCGUCUGGCCAGCUACCUGGAGAAGGUGCGGCAGCUGGAGCGGGACAACGCGGAGCUGGAGAACCGCAUCCGGGAGCGGAGCCAGCAGCAGGAGCCCCUCCUGUGCGCCAACUACCAGUCCUACUUCCGGACCAUCGAGGAGCUCCAGCAGAAGAUCCUGUGCAGCAAGGCAGAGAAUGCCAGGCUGGUGGUGCAGAUUGAUAAUGCCAAGCUGGCCGCAGAUGACUUCAGAACCAAGUACCAGACAGAGCUGGGCUUGCGGCAGCUGGUGGAGUCAGACAUCAACGGCCUGCGCAGGAUCCUGGAUGAGCUGACCCUGUGCAAGUCUGACCUGGAGGCCCAGGUGGAGUCCCUGAAGGAGGAGCUGAUCUGCCUCAAGCAGAACCACGAGCAGGAAGUCAACACCCUGCGGAGCCAGCUUGGAGACCACUUCAACGUCGAGGUGGAUGCCGCCCCCACCGUGGACCUGAACCAAGUGCUCAACGAGACCAGGGCUCAGUACGAGGCCCUGGUGGAGACCAACCGCAGGGACGUGGAGGAAUGGUUCGCUAGGCAGACCGAGGAGCUGAACAAGCAGGUGGUGUCCAGCUCGGAGCAGCUGCAGUCCUACCAGGCGGAGAUCAUCGAGCUGAGACGCACGGUCAAUGCCCUGGAGGUGGAGCUGCAGGCCCAGCACAACCUGAGAGACUCCCUGGAGAACACCCUGACGGAGACGGAGGCGCGCUACAGCUCCCAGCUGGCCCAGGUGCAGUACCUGAUUGACAACGUGGAGUCCCAGCUGGCGGAGAUCCGGGCUGACCUGGAGCGGCAGAACCAGGAGUACCAGGUGCUGCUGGACGUGCGGGCCCGGCUGGAGUGUGAGAUCAACACGUACCGGGGGCUGCUGGAGAGCGAGGACUGCAAGCUGCCGUGCAACCCCUGUGCCACAACCAACGCGUGUGAUAAGCCCAUCAGGCCCUGUGUCACCAAUCCCUGCACUCCUUGUGGCCCACACUCCCGUUUCGGGCCCUGCAACACCUUUGGGUGCUAGAAAGCCGGGGCCAGCAGGAGGACUGUGUGAAGACAAAGGAACAUCGAUGGACCAGCCCUGCUCUCUGACAACCAUCAGCCAUGGGACCGUACCACCAGCAUCACCAUCAUUCAUGGUCUGGAAAGAGAAUGUCCAGGCCCACCCGAUCCUCUUAAUUUAAGGUCACUCCCUUGUAGUUAUUCUGUGACCUGAUGGUCUGACAGAUUUGGGCUGUGAAGGUGUCCCACAAGGUGUUUCGUGGUUCUCUCUGCUGCUUUGAUCUGUAUUGCAGUUCUCCAAAUCCCUUGGUAAAUCUCCUAAUAAACUUUCCUCUUGCAAAGCA